AUGAAUUGUGUGGACAAGGAGGUUAUACAAGAUGAUAUGAGUGUUGAUUGUAAGUUUAAAGCGUACGAACUUGUUUGUCAAGGAUUGAAGAUCACUAAUGAUAGUGUCUUGAGCAUUGAUACUCAUGAAAUAGGAGGCAAAGAUUUGUUUAAGAAUGAUGAUCAACAUCCUCAAUAUUACAGUGACAUAUACUUUACUUACAGUGACAUAUACUUUGUUCUUGAGAAUAUUAAUGUUAUGGACUGGGCCGAGCAGGCCCAGCUCUUCUUGCUAGCCGUGCAGGCCCAAUACAUUUUGGCCCAUUUGCUUGAUUACCGCUGCGAAUCAUUCAAGCAUGAAGACCACGUGUCACGCUUCAGCGAAGGAUCCGGACAACCUCCUCUGAAUUCUACACCACGCUCAUCUAGGACGUGGGUACCCCCCCAUCCUGUUAUUCAAGCCAGAUCCAGCUACUGUGAAGAUUCUUCUGAUCAGCUCAUCGAGGGUUCCACCCCCGAGGGGACGAAUCGACAUCGGCGGGAGGGACAGCAGCAUACCGCUGACGGGAAAAGGGGACAGAGGCAUGAAACCUCGCAACCCAACAGAAGACAGCAACUCCAGACCGUCGAGCAAGUUCGAAACGGUGGCAACGAGCAGCCUCAACCCCAGAAUGGACCAGAGCAGGCUCAUAACCUGAACGAAACUGACGCCAGAGACGGGCAGGUUGCCUCUUCAUUCACCCGUACCUAUGAAAGGCGAAGAGUUCACCACGAAGACGACCAAGAGCGCGUCGAUAUCCCCGAGGACGCUGACCCCACUACCGUCCUCCUGCUCAAAGAAUUGCAGAAGACAAACCGUCUCAUCCAACUUCAAGGUGACCGUAUUCACGAGCUAGAAAGGAAACGACGAUAUCGCUCCCCCUCGCGGAGACACCAUCGAUCGCGCUCCUAUUCUUCCUCGCCCUCACCACCGAGGAUGCAUCGUCGGCGCUCCCCAUCAUCUUCGCGCUCCCCGCCUAAAAGAUAUCAUCGCCAGAGAUCAUAUUCCCGCUCUCCACUGAGAAAGAGCAAGAAGAAUCAGAGACCUAAGACCACAGAAACUGGGAGCCUCUCCCCCGAACGAGACUCCCGAGGCCCCUCCAAAGCCGUGUUGAAGCCCCGCAAGCGUUACCCACCCCGGGACAACCGCAAAAGUCCGGGCAGAGCACAGGUGAAAUCCCAGCGAGCCAGACACUCGACCUCUCCAGGACCAAGUGACGAGGAAGACUUCCGCAGCCCCUUGUCCGAAGAAAUGCGAAGAGCUCGUCUUCCACGAGGGAUGGAAAAACCACCAACCUUGGACCUAUACGACGAAACUACCGAUCCCGAUGACCACAUUCGAAGCAUCGAAGUCAUCAUGGAUUAUCCCAUCGUCCGAGGCUCCAUCAAAUGCCGCAUAUUUCCGACCAUGCUCAGGAAAGGAGCAAUGACGUGGUACAGGAAUCUUCCCCCCAACUCCAUCCACUCCUGGACCGAGCUUAAGGAACUUUUUUUGAGCCACUUCACAGCCUCCCGUCGGCAACCAAAGUCGGAGGAGAACCUUGAAGCUGUGAUCCAAUCCAAGGAACCAACAAACCCCUCCGAGACUACCUCGACAGGUUCAACAAAGAGGUCGUCCAAGUGCAGACGACCGAUUACAUGA